UGAACAAUAUUUUAUAUAUAUGUAAACAAAAAUUAACCAAGUGCAUUAUUUCUACUUGCGUGAUGGAUAGAAGACGUUGACACAUUGUUACAAUAUGUAUUCAUCAUAUAUACCUAUCAUUGUCCUUCUGGGAGCACUUGGCACAGUUGAUUGUCUGGAAUGCUACUCCUGUUCGGGUGUGUCAUCGGUCAACAGCUGUAUCUCAACUACACAAUGUCGAACUGAACAGUCAUGUUACACAAACUCCUUCACAUCUGGACAAGACACAAAGUUUACCAUGGGAUGCACCAAUAACGACCAAUGUGGUAUUCAAUCAGGAAUUGUUGGUCGGGACGUUAGUGAACGAGAAACUGACUGUCAUGAAUGCUGCAGUACAGAGAGGUGUAACAACCAGCUAUGUGUCCACUUUAAACCUACAACGUGUAUGGACGAUGUGAAAGUAGAUUGUGCUUAUUUAAACGCAAUGUUCAACAUAUGCAAAGAUAUUCAGCAUUCGAAAAAUGUAUGUCCAAAAUUCUGCGGCCUAUGUACAUUAGUGGAUGGAAACUGGGCAGAAUGGUCGCAGUGGUCGGCUUGUGACGUAACUUGUGAAAAAGGAAUACAAACAAGGAAAAGAACAUGUACCAACCCUGAGCCUGCACACAAUGGCCUUUACUGUGUUGGGAACAAAACCGAUACAAAAGCAUGUUUAUUACAGCCAUGUCCAAUCCAUGGUGGAUGGACAGGAUGGGAAAAUUGGGGUGCAUGCUCAGUAACAUGCGAUGUAGGGGUACAAAGAAGGGUUCGUAACUGCACAAAUCCUUACCCUUCACGCUUUGGAGAUCAUUGCUUUGGAGAUCCAUUAGAAUACAAAAUAUGUAUGCAAGCUCCAUGUGCAAACGGAGGAUGGUCUUCGUGGGGAACAUGGACAACUUGCUCGGCAACAUGUGAUGGAGGUUUGCGAUCCAGAUUCAGAAACUGUUCAAAUCCAUCACCAUCUCUACAUGGGCAAUAUUGUGCUGGGCCAGCGACAGAGGUGGACGAUUGCAAUCAGAAACAAUGCGUUAUUGUCUUCCUUGCUCAUGGUGUCACAGAUACAACACCUCGAUCUGGUCAGGAUCUAGUAUUUCCCACUGUUCUGUUUAACGAGGGAGGAGCAUAUAGCAGUUCUACUGGAAAGUUCACUGCCCCCUUGAAUGGGCCAUAUUCAUUCAGCAUUAAUAUUUGCCAUACGACUGGGCAGCAUUUAUAUUUAAAGUUUAUGGUUGAAAGUAAGGUAUACUCAAUAGUAGAUUUUUAUGAUGGUUAUUCUGCCGUUUGUCAAUCAACCGACAUCGAUGUAUACUUACAUAAAGGCGAACGCGUGUGGAUAACUUGCGUUGGAGGAAAUACAACAAUAUCAUCUGAGAAUCAAAAUUCGAGGACAUUCUUUUCUGGCGCUUUAACUCGUAUCUAGCUUAGUGUUUUAUUUAACGUUACUUCUUUUUUGUGUCAAUGUUUUCCAUGUCGUCAUAAUGUAAGCCCCAGAAAAAAUAUAGCCAAUCUACGAGCAUGUAAACAUUACUAAAACACUUCCCUAUGCUCAUCAUCGUCUUGUCUGUUAUAACCAUGAUCUAGAGUGUCAUAUUUCUGGCAACAGUUAUACAGUCAAUUAUCACAUUAUUUAUAUUACUAACUUGUUAGUUUUCGUGUGAAUGAGGUACAUAAAAGAUAUCUGUGCAAUUCAGUAGAUAAAUUUCUUUUAAUGACGAAUAUCUAUUAAACUUGCAAAUUUACUUACCAGAUAAAAAUUAAAUAUCUGCUUAUAUGCAUAUUUUUAUGUUAGUUUGUUAGUAAGAUAAAUAUCAGAUGAUAAUGUGUAUAAUGAUGCUGAAGACUUCAGACAUAUCCUCUGCGGUUUCCAAUUAUUAUCUGACAAAUCUGCUAACACUUAUCUGUUAAAAACAUGUAACAUAUAAUUAUUUGUUUAUCAACUAAACUUUCGUGUUAGUUAGGUUUUGAGUGAGUGAGUUAGUUAGUUCAUCAUUUAACUGUUUAACAGAAAACAAAACUAGUAAAUCGCAUAAAUUUUACUUUAAGUUAUAUCAAAUAACGUGUUUAACUCCUGGCAGACAUGUUUCAUCAUUAUGAUUCCUCAGAAUUUAUUAAAUACACUUUUAGAUCUGAGAUGAAAUUUAGUUGUAAAUUCUCAAACUGAAUAAAGUUCAUUUAAGUUA